UUCGUGCUGUUCUUAUGUGAAUUGUGCUAUCUGUUUUUCUAUUUGACAAAGGCUUAUGAGUCGUAUUUAUGUAUUCGAGCACUCAAGCUUGCAUGUAUGUGUGCCAAUAAAUAAAUAAAUAAAUAAUUUACGUGGUGCAUUUCGAUGUUUGAAAUUUUAAACCAACAGAUCUGUAAGUUUGAAGUUACUGUCAGAAUAAUUGCUGUUCACAAGUGAAAUAGUCUUUUGCGAAACAUUUUUUGACGCUCCAACCUUUCAUUUAUUAAAUUAUGGCCGAUAAUUUAUAAGUUUUUCAAAGUAAAUAAAGUUUAAAAUGCUUAAGAUAUUGAAAAAUCCAUAGGUCACCUGUUCUCCGAGGAAAAAGAAACCCAUCAAGUUUAUUAGAAAAGAAAAAUCUAAAACAGUUUGCUGCAUCAUAAAUCCAUCAAAUUCUAUUCAACAUUAAUUGAUGCAUCCUUGUUCGACCGCAUGUCGUUUAAAAAGUAGCAAUCGUUGUCUGUUACAACAUUCAAAGAAAUGAACGUGUCAUAAAUGAUUGCUUGCAGUGUUUUGAUUCAUCAAUAGGAAUUUCACCAUGGUUUCGAAUAUGGAAAACUCAACUGUUUCGAAAAAUGAAGCUAGAGGCAAUAGCUUAGAUUUAUUUUUGGGCAAUGGACCAUGGCAAAGGCUAAUAUUUCUUGCGAGCUUCAUUUGUUUCAUACCGUUUACUUAUCACAAUUUGGCAAUGACUUUUAUUGCUCCAAAUGUGGAUCAUUGGUGUUCUAGACCACCUGAUGUAAAUAUCACAAUAGAUGAAUGGAAAUUAACUGCUCUUCCUAAAGAAGACACAAAGUGUUCCAGGUACAAAUUUGUACACACUUUAAACUCAACAAUUACUUAUGCUAACUUUACAACAGGACGAAGAAACAUUACUUCUCAUACAAUAGUUUCAUGUGAAUCUUGGGAAUAUGACCACUCUGUUUAUUCUUCGUCCAUUGUUAAUAAGUGGGAUUUAGUUUGCGACCAAGCGUGGUUGGUUUCCCUGUCGAAGUCAAUCUUCAUGAUAGGCUAUCUGUGUUCUGUUACAAUAACUGGUGGCUUAGCAGAUAAAUAUGGCAGAAAGCCAGUGAUUGUUGUAUGUGGUGUCAUCGCAUUUUUCUCAUCCGUGAUAUGUGCAUUUUCUACGUCAUUCCUGAUGUUUGCUGCAUUACGAUUAUUAAUUGCAGUUGGGACUUCCGGAGUUUUUAACACAGUUUUCGUGCUACUAAUGGAAGUUGUUUCUCCCGCUCAUAGACCAUUGUACGGUUUGAGCAUAAACUUUGGCUGGUGUCUUGGAUUUGUGAGUCUUCCUUUGAUUGCCUGGCUGCUACGAGACUGGUUCUGGAUUCAGAUAUUCAUAACAAUUCCGACCGCUUUUCUAUUGGGUACUUAUUGGUUCUUUCCUGAAUCUCCGAGAUGGUUGAUUGCAAAGGGAAAGUAUGAGGAGGCUAAAGUUAUUUUAAUUAAAGCUGGAAAAAUGAAUGGAAUGGAGAAAGUGGAAUUAGAAACUAAGAUAAAAGAAAUUAUAACUGAUAAGGGAAAUGAUGAAAAAGAAAAUCAAAGAGGAAAUUUGUUGGAUUUAAUAAAAACACCUGGAUUGAGAGGGAAAACGAUAAACCUGUUUUAUCUUUGGUGUGUCAUAGCUUUCAUGUAUUAUGGUCUCUCUUACAAUACAAAUGAGCAGGAAGGAGAUCCAUUUUUAAACUUCGCUGCUUCUGGCGCUAUUGAAUUUCCAGCCAAUUUCAUCUCCAUAUUCAUAAUCAAAUCAUUUGGCAGAAGAACACCUUUAUCAAUGUUUUUGAUAUUAGGUGCUGUAGCAUGUUUCCUGAUGUAUCCUAUACCAACAGAACCUUGGUGGUUGCCAGUAGUUGUAUCCAUGACUGGAAAAUUUUGCCUUUCUUGUGCUUUCGGCAUUAUUUAUGUGUAUACUGCAGAAUUAUUUCCAACUGUUGUGAGGAAUGUUGGCAUGGGUUCUGCCUCUGUAAGUGCCAGAAUUGGUUCUAUUCUAUCACCAUUUGUUAGAGAAUUGGGUUAUGCAACUCAUCCAGCAGUACCACAAGUAAUAUAUGGAAUUCUAGCAACAAUCGGGGGCCUUCUUGUUCUGUUAUUACCAGAAACAAACAAUUGUCAUGUACCCGAUACACUAGAAGAGGCAGCAAAAUUCUCAAAAUAAAAGACGUUUAAAAAAGCUUCAGAGCAAUUAAUCUUCCAAACAAUGACAGAAAAUCUUAAUUUACAAGAUGGCAAAACUUACACACUGUUUGGCUCAACAUUUAGAGAUACAAUUCUAAUGGAGGAGUAUUGUUGCGUAGCUACUACUACAAUUAUUCAAUUCCAAAUCAAUGUUAGAUUUAGAUACAUUCAUCAUAAUUUUAUAAAAUGCUCGUAUUUCAAAAAUCGGAAAUGGUUAAAUGCAAAUUUUAAUAAAUGAGUGCAUACCUUGAAA